AUGGGUAACUGCUGCAGAUCUCCGGCCGCCGUCGCACGCGAAGAUGUCAAAUCCUCUUUCUCCAACCACGACCACCCUAAACGAACAGAAACCACCGCCAACAAAAAAUCCCCUCCGGUCACCGUCCUCGCCGCCACCAAAACCUCCGACAACAUGGAAGACCGUUACCUCAUCGACCGUGAACUCGGCCGCGGCGAAUUCGGUGUAACCUAUCUCUGUAUAGACCGUGACACUCGCGAGCUACUCGCCUGCAAAAGCAUCUCCAAACGGAAGCUACGAACCGCCGUUGAUGUUGAUGAUGUUCGCCGUGAAGUUGCUAUCAUGCGCCAUUUGCCCAAGAGUUCGAGUAUUGUCACGCUUCGUGAAGCGUGUGAGGAUGAUAAUGCUGUUCAUCUUGUCAUGGAGCUUUGUGAAGGUGGGGAGCUUUUUGAUCGGAUUGUUGCUAGAGGACAUUAUACGGAGAGAGCGGCUGCGGCGGUUGCGAGGACGAUUGUGGAGGUUGUGCAGCUUUGUCAUAAGCAUGGGGUUAUUCAUCGCGAUCUUAAGCCGGAGAAUUUCUUGUUUGCGAAUAAGAAGGAGAAUUCGCCACUUAAGGCUAUUGAUUUUGGGUUGUCUAUUUUCUUUAAGCCAGGUGAGAAAUUCUCAGAAAUUGUUGGAAGUCCAUAUUACAUGGCUCCAGAGGUGCUCAAGCGGAACUAUGGACCUGAAAUAGAUAUAUGGAGUGCAGGAGUGAUACUUUAUAUCUUAUUGUGCGGUGUUCCCCCGUUUUGGGCUGAAUCUGAGCAAGGAGUUGCACAAGCUAUUCUUCGAGGGCUUAUAGAUUUCAAACGGGAACCUUGGCCCAGUAUUUCUGAAAGUGCUAAAAGUCUUGUUAAGCAAAUGUUGGAACCAGACCCUAAGCUUCGAUUAACGGCCAAACAAGUGCUUGAGCAUCCUUGGCUCCAAAAUGCUAAGAAGGCUCCAAAUGUUCCUCUUGGUGAUGUUGUCAAGUCAAGGCUUAAGCAAUUCUCAAUGAUGAAUAGAUUCAAAAGAAAAGCCCUUAGGGUCAUUGCUGAUUUCUUAUCCAAUGAAGAAGUUGAAGACAUCAAAGAGAUGUUCAAGAAGAUGGAUACUGAUAAUGAUGGUAUUGUUUCCAUUGAAGAACUAAAAGUUGGAUUCCGAAACCAUCAGUCUCAACUUGCUGAGUCUGAAGUUCAGAUGUUUAUUGAAGCUGUAGAUAAUAAUGGUAAGGGAACACUAGAUUACGGAGAAUUUGUUGCCAUUUCCCUUCAUUUAAAAAGGAUGGCAAAUGACGAGCAUCUUCACAAGGCCUUCUCCUAUUUUGACAAGGACGGGAAUGGAUAUAUUGAACCAGAAGAGCUACGGAAUGCCUUGAUGGAAGAUGGAACUGAUGACUGUACAGAUGUAGCAAAUGAUAUUUUCCAAGAAGUAGACACAGACAAGGAUGGAAAAAUCAGCUAUGAUGAAUUUGUGGCUAUGAUGAAAACUGGAACGGAUUGGAGAAAGGCUUCUCGGCAUUACUCACGUGGGAGAUUCAAUAGCUUGAGCUUAAAGUUAAUGAAAGAUGGUUCUUUAAACUUAGGAAAUGAUUAGUGUCUGAGUGUUUGCUUAUAUUCAAUCUGUUUUUCCACAUAGUGUAAUAGUCCUCCUAAAUCCUGGACUUGGCUUCUUUGUGAUGAUUAUUUGGUUCCACGUUAGAUAGGGUCCUUUUCACCUGUUGUUGUCUGAGUCACGAAGGAAGGGGUAUGCCGAAAUAUACACACCCUUUGUUACUUGUGUGAAACACGGUGCCUUGGAGCCAAUGGUGUGACAUGUAUGAUUCCAAUCAUUUUAACAUCCAGCCUUCUCUUCUGGUUUGGCAAUGUUGAAUCAAAACUCUUUAGUGCAGUCUGAUUGUUUAUCCGAGGUGUGAAUAUCUUGUAGUUUGUAUUCUGUACUCAGAUUUGGUCAUUUUAUUCUACCCUACUCUACUAAUAUUUUGGCCAGAGAUUGGCUGUGUAUCCCAUGAUAUCUUAUUGCUGUUUACUGUAGGAGAGUUCUGAUGAGCCUGUAAGAUGUACUUGUUCUUGAACUAUGGUUUUCAUAGUGAUAAAGUCAGUCGUGUUAUUUAUUGCAA